AUUUUUCUUGUCUCUGUGACUAUUAUUGCCGACUGUGCAAUCUUGUUGAUAUAAAUCAUGAAGCUCAUCGUCGCCGGCUCGACUGGCUUUGUCGGCACUGAGAUCGUCCGCCAAGCCCUUUCUCAUCCUGCUAUCACAUCGGUCGUCGGCCUCGCUCGUCGCCCUACUCCCACGCCGCAUAAUGCCGAUCCCGGAAUGGAUACAACGAAGCUCAAGUCCGUUGUCUGCGAAGAUUUCAUGAACUAUACCGACGACGUCAAACAAGAGCUAGCUGGAGCCGAUGCUUGCAUUUGGCUUGUUUCCGUCACGAUUACCCGUGCUAGAUCGGUGACUCAAGAGAAGGCGCGUGAGAUCUGCCUCGAAUAUACCAUGACAGGACUGGAUACCAUAUCUGAGCUCUCUACGAGCAAGCAAUUCCGCUUUAUCUAUACCAGUGGCGCCAAAUCCGAGCGAGACCCUACCAGGGCUCCUUGGCUGAUGAGAGACUACCUCUUACUUCGCGGUGAGGUUGAAACUCGUGUCCUCAAUUAUGCCAAGGACUCUGGGAGCGAUGUGGAGGCAUGUGUGGUUAAACCCGGGCUGGUUGAUGGAGAGACGGGGAGGAUAGUAAGGGGCUUGCAAACGGUUGGUUGCUAUAUGAUUAAUAUGCCGAGAGUGGAAGUUAGUGACCUAGCGGCGGCGUUGCUACAGCAAGUAGUGGAAGGGUUUGAUAGUGACACGCUGCUUUAUGAGGAUCUCGUUAGGAUAGGGCAAAAGGCUCUCGCAGACUAAUAAAAUAAUACAGAAAUCUCCAUAAUAGUAUUAUAAUUCUUUACCG